GAGCAGUGAACAUCACGCUCUUCAAUUUCUGCGCAUUGUAUUUAGUAUUCAGUAUUCAGUACAAUCAAACAGCUAAAUUAUGUUAUUACGGAAUUUUAUAAUUUUUAUUUUAAUACCAAACUAUGUGCUCGCUCAAGUGUGUACUAAGAUGGUCCUUGGAACGUCCAAGGGCAAGCGCGUUACUCAAGUAAAAAAGUAUUGCUGUCAAGGCUAUAAGUUGCAGGGUAAACGAUGUGUAGCUAUUUGCAAUAUUGACUGUGGCAAUGGCAGAUGUACUAGGCCUAACGUAUGCACCUGUAAUAAAGGCUAUGCGAAUCUCAAUCGCGUAGCAUCUAAUCGUUGUGUGCCCAAGUGCAAGGGAGACUGCAGCAAUGGCCAAUGUACAGCUCCGGGCAUCUGUAGCUGCGCACAUGGCUACAAACUUGACACAAAAACAGGAGCUUGUAAUCCAUUUUGCAGCAGCGGAUGUGCGAAUGGUAAAUGCUCUUCACCAGAAAAAUGCGUAUGCAAUGCAGGAUAUAUACUAAACACUGACUCCACAAUCUGUCAGCCUGUGUGUGGCAAUGGUUUUAAAUUGAACGUUAGCUUAAAUUCAUGUGAGGCAGUUUGCAGCAAGGGCUGCGAUAACGGCGUCUGUAGUGCGCCGGAAAUCUGCGAUUGCAGUGCCAACUACCAGAAAGACUCAGAUAAUAAAUGCGUUCCCAUAUGCAAAGACAAAUGCGAAAACGGCGUGUGUACGUCACCAAACACAUGUGAAUGCUUGGACGGAUAUAUAAAAUUAUCAGACUCGCUGUGUAUUCCCCACUGUCAAAACGAUUGCAAAAAUGGAUUUUGUAGUUCUCCUGGCAAGUGCAGCUGCAACGUGGGCUAUUCUAAGCUAAGUGAAAGCAGCUGUCAGCCCAUUUGUGAAAAUGGCUGUGAGAACGGAUUUUGCGAUGCACCUGGAGAAUGCAGCUGUAACAGCGGUUUCUCCAAAGUAACUGAGAACAGAUGUGAGCCAAUUUGCGAUGGUGGCUGUGAGAACGGAUUCUGCGCUUCACCUGGACAAUGCAGUUGCAACAAUGGAUACUCCAAAAUAAGUGAGAACAGAUGUGAGCCAAUUUGCGAAGGAGGCUGUGAGAACGGAUUCUGCGCUUCACCUGGAGAAUGCAGCUGCAACAAUGGAUACUCCAAAGUGAGCAAAAACAAAUGUGAGCCCAUAUGCGAAGGUGGCUGUGAGAAUGGAUUCUGCGCUUCACCUGGACAAUGCAGCUGUAACAACGGAUUCUCCAAAGUGAGUGAUAACAAAUGUGAGCCAAUUUGCGAAGGAGGCUGUGAGAACGGAUUCUGCGCUUCACCUGGAGAAUGCAGCUGCAACAAUGGAUACUCCAAAGUAACUGAGAACAGAUGUGAGCCAAUUUGCGAUGGUGGCUGUGAGAACGGAUUCUGCGCUUCACCUGGAGAAUGCAGCUGCAACAAUGGAUACUCCAAAAUAAGUGAGAACAGAUGUGAGCCAAUUUGCGAAGGAGGCUGUGAGAACGGAUUCUGCGCUUCACCUGGAGAAUGCAGCUGCAACAAUGGAUACUCCAAAGUGAGCAAAAACAAAUGUGAGCCCAUAUGCGAAGGUGGCUGUGAGAAUGGAUUCUGCGCUUCACCUGGACAAUGCAGCUGUAACAAUGGAUACUCCAAAAUAAGUGAGAACAGAUGUGAGCCAAUUUGCGAAGGAGGCUGUGAGAACGGAUUCUGCGCUUCACCUGGAGAAUGCAGCUGCAACAAUGGAUUCUCCAAAGUGAGCGAUAACAAAUGUGAGCCCAUAUGCGAAAGUGGCUGUGUGAACGGAUUCUGCGCUUCACCUGGAGAAUGCAGCUGUAACAACGGAUUCUCCAAAGUUAGUGAUAACAAAUGUGAGCCAAUUUGCGAAGGAGGCUGUGAGAACGGAUUCUGCGCUUCACCUGGACAAUGCAGCUGCAACAAUGGAUACUCCAAAAUAAGUGAGAACAGAUGUGAGCCAAUUUGCGAAGGAGGCUGUGAGAACGGAUUCUGCGCUUCACCUGGAGAAUGCAGCUGUAACAACGGAUACUCUAAAGUGAGUGAGAACAGAUGUGAGCCAAUUUGCGAAGGAGGCUGUGAGAACGGAUUCUGCGCUUCACCUGGACAAUGCAGCUGUAACAACGGAUACUCUAAAGUGAGUGAGAACAGAUGUGAGCCAAUUUGCGAAGGAGGCUGUGAGAACGGAUUCUGCGCUUCACCUGGAGAAUGCAGCUGUAACAACGGAUUCUCCAAAGUUAGCGAUAACAAAUGUGAGCCAAUAUGUCAAGAUGGUUGCACUAAUGGUUUUUGUGAGGAGCCCAACAAAUGCACCUGCUAUAAGGGAUACGUUUUAACUCAAAACAUUUGUAAACUUAUAUCUGAAGAAAGCGAAAGACCUUUUUUAACUGAAACAACUACUAAGGCAGAUGAUAGCAAUAAGAAAGAAUCGAGCGAAGAAAUUGAUUCGAGUGAAGAAAAUGAAUCAAGCGAGGAAAAUGAAUCGAGCAAUGCAUUUACAUAUACGUGUGCUCAACGCUGCUUUAAUGGGACAUGCGUUGAGGAUCGAUGCACAUGCAAAGAGAAUUUUGAAUUACAUGAGGAUGUACUCAACUCAACUAAGCAAUUAUGUCUGCCUGUAUGUGAAGCGGAGUGCAUCAACGGUUAUUGCGCCUCUCCUGGUAUCUGUGCUUGCUAUAAUGGAAAUAUGGCUGAAGAAGGCUUUUAUUGCCCAUUUCCUGGGGAGUCUGCAACGGCAAGCCAGAGAGCGGGAUUCUUAAUGAAAGGCUGGCUUUUCUUGAUUCUAGGAGUUAUCUCUGUGGUGCUGGCGCUGAUUAUUUGUUUGGUUAUGAUGCAAUUUCGACAGGUUGACUACAGAGUAGAUGACAAAGAAAAAUCGUUUGGCGUAUAUUUUUCCGCAAACAAAGCUGAUAUAAUUCGCGCCUGAUGGUACAAUACUAAAUACUUUAAUUACAAAUGAAUUAAUAUACAUGCAAUUAUAUAUUUAUAUCAUUGAUUUAUUUAAU